AACGUGAUACAUUAAAGGACACAUGAUCAAAGGACAAUAUAGUCGCCUUGAGAUCUACUGCCGGAGAAUCCAAAAGCCUCGUUAGACACGUUAUGAAAAGACCGUGAAAAAAGACCCUCCCCCAUUUGUCGAACAAAUUGGCGAUCUGAGACUCGCCGAUCUCCGGCGAUGAUGUCACACGAAGGAAGGAGUAAACGCAUGCGUUAACACGUGAAUGCCGUGUGGACCGCGAAAAGGCGAAGAGGUGCGCACAGUUGAACAAGAGUGUGAAAAAACGAUUGUAUAAGUAACUGGUGCGGCGAUCAGAAGGCAAUCGUAAUAUGUGAAUUAACGAGACGGUGCAGCGUGAGGGAAUUCUCAUAAAAAAAAUCCACGCUGCAUUCGCGAUCGAUCGAUUCUUCGAAAAGAAAAUGUCCGUUGAUUUUACUCUUAAAGGACGGCGGUACCUUUUCGCAUUCUUUUUCGAAAAAGUGGCCACUGAUAAGGAAAAUAAUAUCUCUUACCGCGACCCUUAUUGCGACGUUUGAAAGGACAAUAGUACAAUCGGUGAAUAACAAUGGCCAUAACUAAUUUCCAAAGAAUGAUUAAGGAUAGAAUUCCCAUUUUGAAAUGGAUGCCGCAGUAUAAACUAAAAGAUGCAUUGGGUGAUCUUGUUGCAGGGCUCACCGUAGGGUUGACGUUGAUACCUCAAGCGAUAGCUUAUGCAGGUUUAGCGGGCUUGGAUCCGCAAUACGGGCUUUACAGCGCGUUUGCGGGAAGUUUCGUGUAUAUCUUCUUCGGCACGUGUCGAGAAGUCAACAUUGGUCCGACAGCGUUGUUAUCUCUACUGACUUGGACAUACGCGAGUGGAAUUCCCGAGUACGCGGCCUUGCUUUGCUUCUUGUCCGGAUGCAUCACGAUAUUACUUGGCAUCCUACGCCUAGGGUUUCUGAUCGAAUUCAUAUCGAUACCGGUGGUGUCCGGGUUCACGUCAGCCGCGAGCGUCAUCAUCGCUUGCAGUCAAAUAAAGAGUCUGCUGGGUCUGAAUAUUCACGGCGAGAGCUUCGUUGAGAUUUGGGCGGGUCUGGUACAACAUGUCGCCGACACGAAAAUACCAGAUUUGAUUUUAUCAUGCUGCUGCAUCCUAACUUUACUGGGUCUGAAGCAUUUGAAAGACAGAGAGGUUGCUGGUACCAAGCUGAAAAAGUUCCUCUGGACGAUCGGUACAGCUAGGAACGCUCUCGUGGUCGUCCUUUGUGCAGUUGCAUCUUAUAUUUUCGAAACGCACGGUGGGGCACCGUACAUUCUCACGGGUCAUAUCGACGCCGGUCUCCCGACCGUCGAGCCACCUCCGUUUUCGAGAACAGUUGGAAACCAGACUGAAACAUUCAUCGAUAUGGCGAAGAAGCUCAAGUUUGGGAUCUUGGUCAUACCGUUCAUCUCUAUUAUCGGAAACGUCGCCAUCGCAAAAGCUUUUUCACAUGGCAUGCCGUUGGACGCCACGCAGGAAAUGCUGACUCUCGGAUUGUGUAAUCUGGUCGGUUCGUUCUUUCAGUCGAUGCCCGUUACAGGAUCCUUUUCGAGAAGCGCAGUAAAUAACGCUUCUGGUGUUAGAACCCCGUUAGGUGGGAUCUACACAGGUAUUCUAGUCAUACUAUCGUUAAGUUUGCUGACUCCGUAUUUUUAUUACAUCCCAAAAGCGACAUUGAGCUCUGUCAUAAUUAGCGCGGUGAUAUUCAUGGUAGAAAUUGGUAUGAUACUUCCAAUCUGGAAGUGCAAUAAACGUGAUUUAAUACCGGCGUUCGUCACGUUCCUCGCUUGUCUAUUCGUCGGAGUCGAAUUGGGAAUUUUGAUAGGUACGCUACUCGAUCUGGCUAUAUUGGUAUACCUCAAUGCGCGGCCGACAAUAAAUAUCGAGCACAGAAACAUCUCGACAAUCGAUUAUUUCUUAGUCCGUCCCAGCGCUGGAAUUUUGUUCCCCGCGGUAGAUCAUCUGAGAAUGUAUCUGACGAAAAAUCCCGGGAUGAAUGUCGUAUUGGAUUGCGAGCACAUCGACAGAAUAGACUUCACUGCCGCACAGAGUAUCAGUAUGAUGAUAAAGGACUUCAGGAAAAACAAUUGCCAAUUAAUAAUGCUGCGAGCAAAUUGUGCUAUUUUAACGAGUAUACAAUCGCUAUCCGACAAGCAAAUCUUGAUGGCGAGAGACGAAGUCGAUUUAAUCGCAAUUUUAGGAGGACCCAAAGGCAUGACACACGAUCUCGCGAUCGUCUCGAAAACGAAUGAACGGGCCUCUACAUGGCUGUGAUACAUAUCUUGAAUAUUUUCCUUAUAAAUGUAAUAAAUGAAUAUGUUAACCGCGUAAGAGCUCAUGUGUAUUUAUCUUUUUGUUGUAUAUUGGUUGCCACCAAUAUACACACACAAGAGAUGUCGAAUGUUAGAAUUUUCGUCUCGAAAUAAGCCUGCCAUGCUGUAGGACAAAUUAUUGUGUAUAUAUAUAAAAUAAAUUAAUGUGUAUACAUAUCUUACACAUAAACAUGUACAUAUAAAAUUUUUCAUAUUUCUUAUAUGUGCAAUGUUCCGUCAAGCAUAUAUAAUGAAACUUUUAUAUGUUAAAUUGACCUACCUUUGUUAAUCGUAAGUGUUAAUAGUGAAGUUAAAAGACAUAAUAAAUAAAUGUUUUAAAUAUGUCUG